AAUUUGGUCGAGCAAGCUCAAAAUGCCUGAGCUGUUUUUUGACAUGUUUUGCAUAUUUACUACGAAUUUCCGAAAUUUGUUUAUUUACCGAACACGACAAGCCCACACAAGAGGUGUAAAUUUUUGUUUGGCACACAGUCGCAGAAAUACAACAUGCACAAUUUGCGGUUCCUUUUCUUGUGUCUUCAUCAACAAAAUAUUUCAGCUAAUGCCAUUAAUGGCUUGCCCCUGGCUGUAUCUGUGACGCAUAUCAUGAUGGCCGAUACACCAGUUCAGGUAGUGAAGUGAUAGGUUCAAAAAAGGAAUAAAUUUAUCGUAUUGAAUUAUUUUGUCAUCCUUCUGCCAUAAUCAGUUAGCGCACCGCAAGCUGCUAUGUACAGACGCAACGACAAGUGAUGGGGUACCUUAAAAUGCAAUUGAACUUGUAAAUUGUGUCAGUUCAAUGAUGAAAAAGGUAAAAUAUAGGCUAAAACGGUCGACAUAAUUCGCAUUAUCUACAAAAUUAAACAUUUAUAUUACGGUAUGAUCUAAAAUACCAAGUCUUUUCAAGCAACACGCCUUGAAAAAAGACCAAUGGCGCGAUUGUUAUUAAAUGCCAUUCUUAAUAACAGCAUCUUAAUCAAACCCUAAGAGUGUCAGUAACGAGUUUCUGUUAAUGACUGGGCGGAGUUGCUAUUCUUUCCCCAAUCACUUAGCGGGACCAAGGAGAUAGAGCUAGAUAUAUGUCCUCCCGUGGUCCCCAUUUCCGAUAUCCUGCUAGCUUUAGAUAGUUUACGUUUCAUCACCGGGAGUGUAGUGUGAAUAAAUCUCUCUCAAAAUUAGCACAUCAUUAUUUUAAACAUUAGGUCACCACAGGAUCUGAAUACGAAGGACGCUAUCUUGCUUUGUUAGAAUAUGUGAAGCAAACCCUUGUUAAAACGCAGCCAGUCGUUUAAUGAAGUUUUUAGAAAGCUAAAUCAACACAAAUUAGAGGUCGUGUGAUUCUGCGAUGUGCUAAUAAUCGAUUAAGGAAUGCGUAAUAUGUUAAAUUUGCGAGUUCGUUUUUAAUAUCAAUAACAACAAUACCUGCCUACCGUACAAAUUGAUAAAGUGUCACGCUGAGACAGAUAUAUGUUCUGGGCAACUGUUACAACACGCAGUUCAACGGGUAAUAACUUUUCCGCAACACGGAAAUCUCGAUAAACUUAUACGAUCAAAAUUUAUCCUCUUUCCUUCUCGAUAUAUUAUGACCCGGAAGAAAAACAGCUUAAAACUGCUUAAAACUUAAGCUCAAACUAACAAGGUUCAGAAAAACAAGGUAUCUCACCUUCCGAAAACAAUCAAAGCUGAAAUGAAAGCAAUACCCCAAUUCAUUUGGCUAGUUUUCCAAACAUAUAUAGAUCACACAAAUAUUAUGGUUAACCUGCUGGGUCAUAUUUUCUCUUAUUUACCUUCGCAGUUAAGACCGUUGCGGGUGGUUGGAUCUGAAAGGAAACACAUGAUGUGUUUAUGCGUCAAAUGCGUGCAAAAAAACAGCUAAAACAUUUAGACGAAUAAAAAUUCUCAGUUAUAUAAAAUAUUGGAUAAACAAUAAUCUGUUUAAAUGAUACCAUCAGACUGCAAAGAAUGAAAUUCAGGAAUGACCGAACUGAAGGUUUGAUUAUAUGCGUAAGUGCUUAAUAUUAAAAAGCAGAAGGUAUGUGUUUCUGCUGCAUUAAUCAAAUGUAUAAUACUUUAUCAACAACGUUCCCAGCAGUUAUCAGUAUCACAAUCGCUAUUCAUAAACGUUCUUUUACAGUUGAAUGUAAGUUCCUUUAUGACAGUGGCCGUGAGUAGAUGUUAGAAAGUUGUUACAUCACCUGGAAUAAAUAAGCAAUAAAUCCAUACAAAUGAAGCACUAAACUUCAGAAGCGUGUAGGAGCUUCCUGUGGGACAAUAGCCAGGAAAUCAAGACACAUUUGGUGCACAAGUCGUAAGAAUAACAAGCGAAAGCUAAUCCGAUCAACUGUAAUCUAAAAUAAAUGAUUUACUGUGUUUAUAAACUGUCUGUUCAACGUAGGAACAUAACGCAGUGCCUGGGUGGGAAGUGAUAAAUUUUGCUCGACUGUAACAUUGAACUUCACGGGAGAGUUGGUGGGUAAAGUCAUCCAGUCUGGGCUGAUAUAAAACGUCUUGGACUAAAAGCUUAAAAUGUACAAAACGUACAAUGUGGUGGAAAACUACCACGUUGAAGGGAGCUUUGAAACAGGGAAUUCUUUAAACGGAGAAAAAGAAACGAACUCAUCAAGAACAACGAUGCAAGCUUCUACAUCUGUUCAUAUCUUGGAUUUCGAAAACGAGGAACAGUUGCACGAUAUUUCAGGACUUCCAGUAUAUCCCGAAACAGAACUUGAUGACAAAGAUGAUGAAAAUGAAGAAAUAUCCGAGGGUGAGAGCAUAUUAGACACUACUCGUGCUCAAAGAAAAUUAGUGAAACCUCCGUAUUCUUACAUCGCCCUCAUAACCAUGGCUAUUGCUCAGUCUUCACAAAAGAAACUCACACUCAGCGAGAUCUGUGAAUAUAUUAUGAACAGAUUUCCUUACUACAAAGAAAAAUAUCCACAAUGGCAGAAUUCAAUCAGACAUAAUCUCUCGCUGAAUGAUUGUUUUGUUAAAAUCCCUCGAGAACCUGGCCAGCCUGGUAAGGGCAAUUAUUGGACACUAGAUCCAGCGAGUGAGGGCAUGUUUGAUAAUGGUAGCUUUCUUAGAAGACGAAAGAGGUUCAAACGACCAAAAACAAUUACAUUCAAUUAUUCACCAUACAGUCGUGUAACUUCAAGCAUUCCUAGUUACCCUGCUCAUGGAAUGAUGAUGUCACCACAUGGAUAUCAUCUGCCGGCGUUGACCUAUUCCUACCGAACUUUUUUAAAUAACUACACAAGCAGCAUUCCGUACAGAAGUUUGAUGCAAUUGAAACGAACAACUACUUCAUGUUCAUGUACAUAUUGCGAAGGAUGCCCUUCCCGACAACCCACUUCUACGGCACAACCGUUGAAAUUUUCAAUUGAAAGUAUUAUCGGACAAAACAAAAUUGUUUGAUGUCAUUCAACAGUAUGAACAUUCAUGGCGUUACGUUGGCAAGACCGUAAGUGACUGAUAUUUCACACUGACCAUGUAUACACAGGGCGUGAUGGACAUGCAGCAAAUAUAGCCGUUCAUUGUGUUAAAAUCUUUCCAUCUUUACUAAACUAUGCGAUUUAAGCAAAAAGCAUACGGAAUUCCAUAUAGGAAUAUGAUAUUAGAGUAUUUUGUGUUAACACCGAAUUAUAUAUGCAAAUUAGGCGCACGCAAAAGUAAAAUUGUAGCAAUAGUUCGGCGCAUAUCAAAAUUUAUCGAUUAUAUAAAUCGUGUGGCUAUUAUAGAUCUAAUGGCGUCACCUAAAAUUUAACUUAUAAAUCCAGCAAGCGCCGCAAGCCUGUCAUUUAUAAGUAAAUUAUAUAGUUGCAUAGCGAGUGUUGUGCGACUGAAUUAUAAUAUGUAGAUGCUGGUUAAUGCAGGAGAAGGAAAGAUUAGAAUAUGAUUUAAAAUUCAAAUCAGGAACGUUGCGAUGCUGAUGGAGUUCGCCCCUGACUUGGUUUUAAAAUUUCUUUUACCUUCGCUCUCUUGACAAACCAGGAUCUACCAUAAUUAUCAAUAUAGUUAAAUGAGGACACGUAUUUUCUUAUAGUCAUUCACUCAAAGAUUCGUGUUCAAUCAUAACCCAAUUUCUUUUAAUUCAAUCCCUUCUAUUUUGGCAUUUUAAAAUUAAAUUGAACGAAUUGUAAUUAAUAUUUGGACCGCAGUAUCUAAUAUAGGAGAGUGUAGCUCGGUCUACAGAAUGAACUUCGUAUCGGAUUGAAAAAAAACGAAGCCGCUUUGCGUCGCAAGUAUAAAAAAAUUUAAAAACUCAACCCCAUGCAUGCAUGGAAGCAGGAACUAAAAGAAUUUGUUGUGUUGUUCGUGUCCUGACCUCCUGACGAUCACAGACCACAUGAAACCAUAGUUGGCCAUGUUUUUGUUGAAAAUACAACUCUGGAAGCACUGUUGGUCUGCGAUAGUUCAACCCAACAGAUAAAAGAAAGCACGAAAUUGUUUCACUAAAUACAAAGAGUAUCCCAUGAUCAUCACUAUUGGGAGGUAUAAAGGCAAAAUAUUUAUAUCCUAGCAUUUUCAUCCGUGAAACUGCCGAUACAGUAAUACAACAACUCCUUUAUAGGACUAAAAGACAAUAUGUAUUCCUCCAUCGUAUAUUAUCCAUCAGUGGUGUUAUUAUUGUAACUUAUAAAAUAAAAACAAUUGUAAUUAUAAGAAAAUAGUGAGAUAACUAACAAAU